CAGGCCUUGCCACAAGCCAAGGAGGGCAAGGAAGCGCGUAAAACGACGGGUUUCAUUCCCCUGUAAAAGCCCUCAGGAGACGACGACGACUUGAAGGCUCGCUCCCUCACCCUUCCUUUGGACGCAGGGCUGGACCCCACAAUGGCCUCCGCCGUAUUAAGCACCGUCGCCACGCCUUUCCAAUGCAUCCUCAUCUUCUCCUCCUUCCUUCUUUCCUCUCUCCCUCCCUCCCUCCCCUCCUCCCUCUUGACCCCCAUUAGCACGACUGGCCCUCCGCAUGACGAAUUCUAUGGAGUUGCUCCCUCCUUCCCCGAAUCCUCCACCUCCUUUGCCGCUUAUCACAGAUGCAGCAUCCACUGCUCCGACUUUAUCCUCCGUGGAGCCCUUACCCCCCUUAGUCCCCCUGCCAGACCCGUCUUCCGCGUCCCUGCCCGCAGGGAGGGAGGAAGGAAAAGACAACGGAAACAGUGGUGGGUCCCCACAACCAGGGAAAGGAGGGACGGUGGUGAAACCUCGGACACGGAAAAAGACCAAGGGGGAAGGAGGGCGGGGGGCGUCGGAGGGAAGGGUUUUGUGGACCGAAAGGGUGAAGUCUUCCCUCAUUAA